AGCGGCCAAUACACACCGACUUCUUUUCGCCGAGCGCUUUUCUUUAUUAUUUUUACCCAUUUGUGCAUACUCCAGUUGUGUUGAACACGGAUCCGCUUUUUCGGCCUGUUUUUUUUUUUAAAGCUUGCCCAUCUGGAUAUCAUCUGUACACAGGUUACGUGUGAUGUCCCAACUCAACAGGCCGAUAAAACUGGUUGUCGUUGGUGACGGAACAGUUGGAAAGACCUGUUUGUUAAUAGUCUACACAACUGGUAGUUUUCCGGAAGGAGAAUAUGUCCCCACAGUGUUUGACAAUUAUGGCGAUUGCGUGGAAUGUGAUGGUGUUCGUGUGAGUUUAACGUUAUGGGAUACGGCUGGACAGGAAGAUUAUGAAAGGCUAAGACCUCUUUCUUAUCCAGGUACAGACGGCUUUCUAUUAUGCUUCAGUGUGGAUAAUAAUCGUUCAUAUGAAAAUAUUGCUACGAAAUGGUAUCCUGAGGUGCGGCACCACUGUCCAAAUACACCAUUCAUUCUCGUAGGUACAAAAACAGAUUUGAGGGACAGUGCAGACAAUCAAUCAAAAGAAAACUUUAUUAGCAAAACUCAAGGGAAGAAGAUGGCUGCCAAAAUCAAAGCCGCAAAGUACGUUGAAUGCUCUGCUAAAGAAGCCAGUGGAGUAAAAGAAGUAUUUGAAGAAGCUAUACGAGCGGUGUUAAGUCCAAAACAUUCAACUUCCUUGCUUCAUAAUUGUGUAUUACUUUGAAUUUCUGUGUAGUAGUUAUUUUCGUUGUGUUCUUAGUAUUUUUAUAUUCGCACCACCUCAUUUUCCAUUGAAUAAACCCUUUCUAUAUUUUAUUACUUA